UUUAUGUAAUUUGUUUUUAAAGUAUAUUUCAACAAAUAGAUAUAAUUUGUGCUAAUUUGCUUCCAUCAUUUCCCCCCACCUCGUCAACCGUUUAUAAGUCAUUGAAUUUGUUAUUGAAUGGUAGAUCACACAUAUAUGAAUUCAAUUGAUGAUAACAAAAUUUCAAAAAAUUUAUUAUUAUAGUUUUAUUUUUUAUUUUGGGUAUGGAUAAUAAAAUCACAACAUUUAACAAGUGUAAAUGAUAAGACAGUUGAUUAUGAAUUGAUCGAAUUGGAGAUUUGAAUAUGCAAUUAUCCAACCUAUUGAAAAAAUUCACUUUCCCACAGGAAAGGAUGCAAACCAUCAAUAAGCAUGAUCGUAAAUUUUCAAUGUGAUAUUUUAUCAUCUCGUCCAUCUCACUCAUAUGAGACAACAACAUUAUUAAUGUUUUGGACUUCGCUACGGUGACAUGCACUUUUCGGUCGACCUAAUCAGUUGUUUCAGUGUAAAAACAGUUUCAUGGUGCCUACUUUGGAGAUUCAUAUCUUACAAUUGGCUAGAUGGAAAUUGGAGAUUAAAGGCUUGUUUUGAAGCUGAAGUGUCCAUCUACACAUUAAAGUACUUGGGAGCUCAAUAGAAAGUCCAGAAGACCUUUUUUGAAUCUGACCAAAAGGCUAUGCCAAAAUUGGGAAACUGCCUGAAAAUGGCUAAGUCUGGCAACGUGUUUGUCAAGCCUACUUUGGAGCUCAAUUUGAGAAUCAUGGAUGCGAGUCAAGUCCAGGGGCCUCUACCACGUUAAAUUACGUAUUUUUUUUAUACAAAGGCAAGGCAUUGGAUGAAAGAUUCAAUAUCUUUAAGGCUUCAAACAAAAGGCUCGAAGUUGCUACGAAGGCUGUUUUUCUGGCAGCUUGCUUGUGCUCAAAGUCUGCCAGAAAAACAGCCUUCCUAGCAACUUCAACCCUUUUGUUUGAAGCCUUAAAGAUAUCCAAUCUUUCAUCCAAUUCCUUGAAUUUGUAUAAAAACAUACCUAAUUUAACGUGGUAGAGGCUCCUGGACUCGACUCGCAUUCAUGUUUCUCGAAUUGAGCUCAAAAAUAGACUUCACAAACACGUUUCCAGACUUAGCCAUUUCUAGGCAGUUUCCCAGUUUUGGCAUAGCCUUUUGAUGAGGUUCAAAAAUGGUCUUCUGGACUUCCUAUUGAGCUAUCAAUCACUUCAAUAUGUAGAGGGACACUCCAGCUUCAAAACAAGUCAUUAGUCUUCAAUUUCCAUCUAGCCAAUUGUAUGAUAUGAAUAUCCAAAGUAAGCACCGUGAACUGUUUUUACACUGAAACAACAGAUUAGGUCGACCGGAUCCUAUAUGAGGUCGACCGAAUCCUAAAUGAGGUCGACCGGAUCCUAUAUGAGGUCGGCCGAAUUCUAAAUGAGGUCGACCGGAUCCUAUAUGAGGUCGACCGAAUUCUAAAUGAGGUCGACCUAAUCCUAGCUGAGGUCGACCGAAAAGUGCAAGUCACCGUAACAUGCAUGUCACCGUAGGCACACCCGAUUGUUUUAUGGUAGGUUAAGUAAAUGGACGAGGCCGUUACAUGUGGAAAAAAAAGGGCUCUGUCGUUGCUAAAGUGUAAGUAUGUAACUAUAAAUCUCACCAAACAAAACGAAAGUGUAAUUAUAAAAGAGCCAUUUAGUUUAAAAAUAAAGAGUAAAAAUAGCCCCAUUUGGCAGACACAAAUAAAGAACAAUAAUAAUUGAUUUAGGGGGGGCUUUAGUACACGAGAUUCUGCAUCUUUAGUUGAACAAAUGGCCCUCCCUUGCUCAAUUAUUUUUCGUGGGGUUUUAAUAAAAAGAGAAACUUUAUCAAUACAGUUCGUGAGCCUUUAAUUUAAGCAGUGUACAUGUGUAAAGACUCUCUUUAAAGUACAAUUAGUAGUGUUGUUGCGAAAAAAAUAAUAUAAUCUAGUACUAAUUUAUUCAUUUGUUUUUUAAUUUGGAUAAACGAACUUUCUCUUCUCUAAGACGGUAUAUCUCUCGCAAUACAAUCUAUUUAUAAACGAACCGAUUACAUACCCGGGAUCACGGCGUGUUGUCAAUAAUGCAAAGGGGGUGGCUUUAGUCUUUAGAUAUGUACAUGUAAAGGCUAUGUAAUGAGGAUUGUACUUGUCAUUGGAUAAGGCUGAUAUAGGCUUAGGAGAUUUAUUUAUACAUUAUCAAGAUUUGUGCUCAUUAAACUAGACCAUAGUGGGUACCAUAUAGGCACUUAAUUAGUUGCUUGAUCAAUAACUAUUUGAUUAUAUUUGUUAAUUACAUUGUCAAUUUGUACUAUGUAAAGUUGAUGGAACAUCAAGUUCUGACCCCCUUUUUUCUCUCACGACAAAAUUAUAUUAUUGGGCCAUCCUGGGCUUGGGAGUGGAGGCUGAUUUGGCUACAAGAAGGACAAAGAUUCACCCUUAUUAUUAUUGUAAACAACACUUUUGUCAAUUGUCCUUUUAUGAAUUAAGCUAAUGCUAAGACAGCUUUUUGUAGUUGGAACUUCGAAGUAUUACAUACGAGGUUUAUGCCUGAAUCACUUCGAGUUUACUAAAUGUUUGAUUGGAGAGUCUGAGGUUGGAAAUUGAAACAAAAGAUGUGGUUGGGAGUAAUACCAUGCAUGUCCUCUAUUCAUACAUUAUUACUGGUACCGAAUACCGAUUGUGGUGUCAUUGUCUAGUAUUUAGAUAUGGAAUGAAAAUUUACAUUAUAUGUGCGUGUCACAAUUAAUUCAGAUGGAUCAGGGUGUACAGAAAGGCGCUAUACCAAGUGAACUAUUGUUUCAUCCGACAUGUAGAAAUCGGAGGUGUAAUCAAAGCUGGGCAAGAGACAAAGUGCUUGCCAAGACAACCUACAUUAAUAUGAAAAAUUGUUUCAUCAUCCGUACUUAGAUUUCAAAAGAUAUGCAUUCAAUAGUAUUCUGCACAAACAAUACAACAUCGAAGAGCAAUCACACCAGCAUAUGCUAAUCUUGUACUUAAAUUUCAUAAACCUUGUCUAAAGAAAAUGGUAUAUUCUAAUUUUUAAAUAUUUUAGCUAUUAUUUUGGCUCAGAGUCUUAUCUGUGCUCUUUGGUUUUCAUACUAUUCCAUAGACAGAUUCAGAUGUUUGUUAAUGGUUAUUGUAGGACGCACGCAAUUAUGUUAAUUGUUAAGUACGAAAUCACAAUAAAACCGACUUUAGCUCAGUUGGUAGAGCGGAGGACUGUAGUUGAAAACAGCAUAUCCUUAGGUCGCUGGUUCGAAUCCGGCAAGUCGGACUUUUUGUUUUUGCUCCAUCGUGGGCCCGUCCAUCUUUCUUUAAACGCUAUUAAUUUUUUUGGGCUGGGCUUUUCAUCAAUUGAGCCACGGGCCCAGAAACGGAAACCCUAACCAAGCCCCUACUGGCUACUAGUAAUCGUUCCAAAUAGUACAAAACGUUACCAGAGUAUAAACCCUAGAAGAUCCAAGAUUGCUGCCUGCCUUCCCUUGAGCUCUCAAAGCCGCCGUCUCGCCGAAACCAACACCUCUGCCUUCUCUCGCGCGAUCUCUCUGUGUUGAGCGCAAAUGGCUCCCAAGAAGGAUAAGGCCCCGCCGCCGUCAUCGAAGCCGGCCAAGUCCGGAGGAGGCAAGCAGAAGAAGAAGAAGUGGAGCAAGGGUAAGCAAAAGGAGAAGGUGAACAACAUGGUCCUUUUCGACCAGGGCACCUACGACAAGCUUCUCUCUGAAGCUCCCAAGUACAAGCUCAUUACCCCUUCCAUCCUCUCCGAUCGUUUGAGGGUGAAUGGAUCACUUGCCAGGAAGGCCAUCAGGGAGCUCAUGGCUAAAGGUCUGAUCAGGAUGGUUUCUGCCCAUUCCAGCCAGCAAAUCUACACUAGGGCUACCAACACCUAGAUUUUUAGUGUUUCCAUCAUGUAUCUGAAGUUUCAAACUUCAUUCGCUUCUUUUGAAUCCCAGAAGUUCUAUAUGUCAAGUAGUUUCAAAGAGUUUAUGACUUAUUUUAUCUAAGGAUUGUUGUGGAAGGAAUUUUGCUCUUGUUGGUGAAAGUUCAUGCAGAUGUUGAGCUUGUUAUGGUCUUUAAGCGUCUUCUUUGAGAUGAUAUAUGCUGUUAGUUUCCUUUUCCUCAGUGCUGCUCCUUGGUGAUCAAUGGUGGUAGUUGGUUUGAAUCAUGUCACAAUGUUGCGGAAAGUAACCCACUGAUCAUCAUCUUACCUGUUUCCAUUGUUGGAACUCCACUCCAAUUAUUGCUGUCACAGUCUGGUGAGUGUGGACCCAUGCAUAUGCUGAUAUGCAAGCAGGCCCGUCCAGAAAACUGUACUAAGCAAUCAGAUUCGAAGAUGGACGGACGGAGGAGAAUGAAAGCAAGCAGCUGUGUUGAUGUAAACGUACGAUGAUGAAAACACAGAGGCUCAUGUGAUGCGAUGAAGGAAAGCAAAGCAUCGUCAUUUGCCUUCUUUCCUGUAUAUAUGCCUGACCGUCUUCUCCUGCAUGCACUAGCUGUGUCUUCUAGCAGCAAACCAUGAAGCCCAAGCUUGGACGGAUGGACACCAAAGAAAAGAGAAUGUAUCAGCUCAAUUUUGCAGUUUCUUCUUUUCCAUCACAGCUAGAAGGAGAAGUAUAGUCGUGUCGCUGUGAUUACCCUUAUCAUGUCAUCAUUUCAAUUCGUUCAUUGCACUGAUUGACCUUCAACUACCUCCGUACCCUUCUCACUGUCCUAACAUGAACAAUGACCCCCACUCUGCCCCCCUACGCCAUCAUCUAGCGGCUAUAUAUACCGUCUAUUCGAUAUCGAUCGAUAUUCACGACUUACUUUCACUAUUAAGCUGACGUUUGACCGUGGAGAUAUUUUUGUUAAUCAUGACAACGUGGUUCCAAUUUAUUUGUAGAGCAUUUUGGACAAUUCGAUAUCGUUAUACACUUAAGCACAUGUUGGCGCAUGCAUUUUUGCAUAGCAUCAUGUCCAGUUAUUCAUAUGUGUUCGUAUUUUCAGGUGGAGAUGACACAUAGUUACCAUUGUCAUGACUCAUAUUCCUUCAUUUUCUAGCUAGUGUAAAUCUCUUAAACUAUCUUAUUGACACUUUUUAGAUCGUACGAGUUUAAAUUUCGGUGGAUUUCGUGCUUGUUUUUCCCCACUAAUCUGUUCAGUACAAUAAUGUGAUUUCACGAUUUAAAACUACUUAGCUUUUUCAUUAGCUCGUUGAAUGAGAAUUGUCGAAACUUGAGACGUUGUUUUUUUUUUUAGGGUUAGAAUUAUAUGAUCGUAUCCUUUGUAUGUAAGAUACAAAGUGAAGACAAUAAGUGAUCUCAAACCAAAUAAAUUGGAUUGAUUUCACUUUGAAAAAUCAUGUGAAUGUCAAGAGAUUAUUAUCAUGUUUUGGGUAUACAUUCAAUGAAUGAAUGAAUGAAUUAGACACAUUUGUACCCCCUCCAUUAAGAUGUUCCAAGUUCCAACAAACAAUAAAACCAAACCAAUAAGAAGUAGGAGUAGGACAACAGCAAAGCCUCUCCCUGCCAAGUGCCAAGCAGCAAGUGAGCAGACAGUGAUAUUUUAGGGUUUGGUGAGGGGAGACCACGUGGGCCUAGAGAUGGAAUAUCACAUGGCUGGUGGGCUUUAUCUGCCGAAUCAAUAGCAAUGAGAACCGUCCAUUUGUGUUAGGCAGCUGCGUCUAUGUGCGUCCAAACUCUUCAAUUCAUUAUUGGGCUUCCAUGGGCCCUACCAAUGUUUCUUAUUCAUCUCAUUCCCCUCUAAAUGCAGAUUAAGAGUGAUUUUGGAAGUUGCCAUUGUUAAAUAGAUGUAUUGGUUUAGA